UGGAAAAGUUUCCUGCUCACAUAUUACUCAGUUCCCAGCUUGCUGACAGACACUCUCUUCUCUCAACAGAAACUCAGAGACAAUGAUGCAGUUAAGGACUUUAAUUUUUACAUUCAUACUACUGCCAUUGAUAUGGUCUACUUCAGCAAAAGAGAAAUACAUGGAAGUCAGGAGACCUACGAAAGACACUGUAAACUUUCCAGACUAUGACACUGUUGAAGACUCCGUCACUGACCCAGCAACAGCUCCAAAAGCCGUUGACAUGCCAACAUGUCUGCUUUGCGUUUGCCUGUCUGGAUCAGUUUACUGUGAGGAGGUGUCCCCUGAAAUGUCAGCAGUCCCAGCAUUGCCAAAAGAAACAGCCCGUUUCUACGCACGUUUCAACCAAAUCACAAAAAUAAGAAACCAAGACUUUGCAGACAUGGCCACCUUAAAAACAAUUGACCUAACUGGGAAUCUCAUCGCUGAGAUAAACGAGGGAGCUUUUUUAAAACUUCUACACCUUGAGGAGCUCAUUCUUGCAGAAAACAAACUGACUAAACUUCCUAUGCUGCCUGCCAAGCUGACGCUGUUCAAUGCCAAUUUCAACCAGCUUAAAACCCAGGGUGUAAAGGCAACUGCUUUUAAAAAACUCACAGGACUGGCAUAUCUUUAUCUUGGAAACAAUGAACUGAUAGCUGUGCCCCAACUUCCAGAGUCUCUUCAGGUUGUGCACCUGCAUAACAACAAGAUCUCAACAGUAACAGAUGAGACAUUCUGCAAAGGGAACUCCAGUCAUUACAUCCGAACCAACAUGGACGAGGUGAGACUGGACGGGAACCCCGUUGUGCUGUCAGAGCACCCAGCGAGCUUCAUCUGUCUGCAGGCCCUCCCUAUCGGAUGGUACCACUGAAAUGACCAAAACAUGCUUUUGACAGUGGUAAGCCCGUCUGAGGAAGUUCUUCAUAAAAUGAAAGAUGCAGAUAUAAACAGUUACCCAAAAUAUUGUUUGCAAAAUGUGUUCUUAAAUUCCAUUUGAUAUACUCACAGUGCUCACGGUGCAAGUUCAUAUAAACAGACAGAAAUAGUAAAGUCCCAAAACAGCAGGAAUUAAACCAGGGUAAGAAAGAGCUUGUGUUUUGGGAUGUUAUAAACCAGUAUCUAACACAUUUGCAAAAUAAUCCAAGAUGUCUUUAAAUACAUAAUAUCAUUUCUUUAUUUACAAUUUGGCUGGGACAAUUUUGUUUGAGCAAGUGCUAUGCAAUGUUUUAACAAUUUAACUUUAAUAUCCAAAAGAGCAUUCUUGAGAUUAUUACAUUGUUUCAUUUGAGCUACCAUUAAUAUUAUGACUGCAAAUGUUUUCUUAAACUGAAGAUAAUAACAAUAAACGUGCAUGCUUCUCCAUAUGCCUUUCACUCAUAACUUUGACAUGUUGUUGUUACAUGAUAUGAAGUCCAUUCCAGCCUGUUGGAAAGAAGUAGGGAGCUUGAGUCCAAGAAUGUGUCCUUAGGUGACACUGCAAGUCAACAUUUAGUCUGGCCAUCGGUCACUUGGAUGAAGGCUCAUUAAGAACUAUUAAACCAUCAGCUAUCUUCUUCUCGUACUCCCGUUCCGAUUGUUUUCUUCGGUAGACAUCAUCUGGAAUGAAAACCGAAUAAAGACCUGUAAUAUAGGCAAUUUUUUAAUCCUAUUAACACUACAGUGGAGGAGAGGACUAGGACAUUUAUCAUUUAAAAAAAGUUGAACUCAUACUUUUGCUUGUUCAUUGUUGUCAGGUUAAAUGUUUUUCUAUGAAAAAGGCAUACAUAUGAGUUAUUCCUGCAAAAUAAAAAGAGGAUUCGGGUUCAAGGAAUGAAAAUAACAGAUGAAAGUCUGUUCUCUGUAUCCCUAAAUGGCCUCACAGAAAACUACAGGAUCAAAUAUGCAGGGCAGCUUUUUCCCCCACCUCUUUAUUCUUUUUCAAAUACAAAAGAAUUUUGAAUCCUUUUAGUUCUGCUGAAAUGGCACAUUCAAGCACAUCUGGAUUUGCAUUUUCUUUUUCAAAUCUUUUGAGUGAUCCAAUAGCAUUUAACCCUCUACAUGGGUUGCUACACACAUAUCAAUAUGUAAUAUGCAGAGCUGGACAGAUAAGUAUUUAGUAUAAAGUUAUAUUAUAAUAAAUAUUUAUAACAAUACUUCAUAUUAAAAGGGACCGUAUUUCACUUUAAAGAGUACUAUUUCUUGCUUUAAGUGCAUUCAGUUCGUUGAGUACAUAUACUUCUGUACUAAAGUAACAUUUGGAAUAGAGGGGUACUUUUAUAACAAUAUUAUCUGUGAUUUUUAUAUAUAUUUAAUUAUCAACAUUAAAAAAAUGUAAAGCAA